AUGAAGCGCUGGAAGCAGGUCAAGGAUCAGCUGGACGCAAAGCGCAACAACAACACCACCACCACCGCCGACACGAUUCCACCAUACAAAGGAGGCGGCAUCUCUUCGACCUCUUUUUCCGACCUCAGACAGCUAUCAUCCCGAACAUCCUUCAAUGAUGCCGGGCCAUCCAGCUCCAAUCUCUUCCCGCCAAUGACAAAGAGCUCCAGUAGGACUUCCUUCGACAUCCCAGGCCGCCUCAACAACUUUAUCAGGAAGUCCAAUUCCAGCUUGGAACUCGACUCAGCCUCGGCCGCCGCCGCCUACAAUAAGUCCGUCGGCAAUGCUUUCAAGAGGUUUCCCAGACCAAGGGCCCGCACCAACUCAAACUCGUACGGGCUCAACGAUCCGGCCUCCUCUUCGUCGCCUUCCAAGGUAACAAGCCCUCGUAAGUGGGUCAACAGCCUUCUCAGCCAAGCAGCUCCCAGCGCCGAGCACCUCGAAACCGCUGCACAAGCACGCCUCCGUGCCGAGUCGGAUGCCUCGAGGUCAUCACCCGCCCCUGUCAGCUCCCUCGUGCUCUCGAAUGGCAACGCAGUAUCAACGUCUCGUCUGGUGUACACCAUCGACUCUGGUCUGCAACGUAACACCUCUUCCGCCGGUCGAUCCGCAAGCAUCUACUCAUCGCAUCUCAGCUCUGCUUCCCGCUCCACCCCAGAUCUCCAUCGCAGCUCCGUCACUCGGCAUCUUGACAACGGUGCCCUUACGAUGGACUUGGGCGGUCCCCUGCCGCCCAUUGCUCAUCGAACAGACGUUGGGGAUGACGUGAGCUCACCUGCUCCCCUCGUCGUUCGCAAUCUGGACGAGGCUCCCAGAGGCACAUAUACCCCUGCCAUUCCAACAGCUUCGGCCUCUGCUCAGCUCACAUCAGUCUCCAGGCUCCGCAAUCCGUGGUCGCCCGACUCACCUCAGAUCCAGUCAGAGGAGGAUGACCACGUGGAUGCCUCCAUUGCACGCGAUCGCUUCAACUCGAGACUUGCUCCCGGCGAGGAGGCCGUUCUCAACAUGCUCGACUCGGCCUCGGCCGUCGGCACUACGCUAUCCGCGCCCGUUCCUCCGACUCCCUUUCAGACCGCAACACCAGGCACGCUGGCACGUUCCCGCUCCUUCGCAACCAGCGCCCGCUUUCAAAGCCCAGCUUCCGAAUACAGCCAGGAUUUCCGUUCGCCGCAUCUGGCAGGCACCUCUUCCCCUUCAGCCGGUGUCAGGGAGGCCAUCCGUCAGCGCGAGCUACUCGACUCCACAGCAACCGGAUCGCACAUACCAGCCAGCCGGUCAGCAUUGUCGCCAGGCACGUCUGCUUUCCUGAGCAACGUAGACUCGGGAGACUCAGAACCUCUGCGCUCGAGCCAGACGUCCUCCUCCCUCUUCUAUCAGCGAAGUCAACAGCCGUCCAGCGGUGCUAUGUAUGCCUUCAAAAAGGUCUCACGAGUAGCGGUCCCGACCACAGAGACUUCACUGCUUUCACCGCCAGCAUCGGCACCGUCCAUCGCGUUUCCACGACGCGGAACCGCCGCGUCCACCACUGUGCCCAUCUCUCCCAUCGAUAGCAGUCUACUUGGCACUUCGGCGAAUGCGACGAGCCUGUGGAGCAGACCUAGCAACGCGCCUGACACUCCCUCCACCACGCAGGACCCUACUUCUCCCUUGCCUUGGUCAGCCGCGUCCUCAGAGCCUCCCAAGUGGCCCACAACUAGUCAACAGCAGCAGGCGGAUCAUGCCGACAAAUCAAAGUCCAUCUACGCCGUUGAGCCCGUCGUCAUGCCGAGCGAGGUCGAACGAGGGCUCGACAGUCGGUCAGAUCUGCUGCGCACGGCCAUCCACAAGCCCGAUCUGCUUCGUCAUCGCACCGACUUUACACAAGCCACCAGCAUCUUUUCCAGCACCGACGCCCUGAACAACUCGCGGACCAGUCUGCAGAAGGAGGCCCUCUCCGAGACAGAUGCAGCGCAAGCGAAAGCGGCGACCUCGUCCUCGACAGAUUCAGCAAUCAGCCGCCCACUAGCUCACGUUCCCUCCGUCAGCAGCUCCCUUGCCGCUAUCCGAGGCAUGUUCUCCAAAGCUGCAUCUGCUGCCCUCGCUCCCACGACCACUGCAGAUUCAGCGGUUCGCUCCACAGAGCUGCCUUCCGGCCUCACCUCCUCCACUUCGGUUGCGGCCGUUGCCAAGGAGCUCGAGCAGCGUUCGGCAACAUCUUCUAGACCAUCUAGUCCGGAAAAGCUCACCCUGCCCGCUUCGCCAACGAAGGCCAAGGAUCUCAUCGCCAUGUUUGAAAGCAACUCGGCCAACGCAUCGCCCACCAUCGAGCAUUCGAAUUCAUUCUCGCGCACCGCCACGCCCAAGAACAAGCUGUCGCCGACCAAGUGCGCAAAUUCGGCAACAAGCAGCCUCAAUGCAACACCCAAGCGCCAAAAUCCUUUGUCGAUCUCCGUCUCUCGGUCCAAUCUUGGCCUCGCAACAUCCAGCCCUGCCAGCGAUGUGGCUGUCGAAGACGCAUCACCUGUCGGUGCCAAGCUUCGCGCUCAGCGCUUCGAGGCAGGCAGGCUCAGGGCGAGACGCGCCGGUCUCAUCGGUGUUGGUGGUGAUAGCGGUGAUGCCAGCUUCAGUGGUCUUCCUGGAGAUGAGAACGACGACGAUGAGCACGAUGAGAACGCAGCUCCGGACAGCGUCCUGGGCGAAGCGCCCAGUGUUGCCGGCCGUUUCCGAUCGCUGAACACCGCCUCACAACAUUUUCGAUCGCAGUCAACUCCAAGUGAUGUCAGCAUCAAUGUGCUUGGACUGGGCUCCUCACCAGCGAGGCAGACUGCGAUCUCCAACCGUGGUAUCUCUCAUGCUCAGGAUAAGAGCAGCGGGUCUGUCUCGACGGGGUCAGGUAGCCUAGGAAGGAAAGGUGCUUUCCGUAACAGCAUGAUGGGCUUCAUGGGCUCCCUUACCGGGAAAUCGAAUUCUGCCGGUACAGCUGGUGGCGGCGGGGAGCCUGGAAGCUUCGGUCAAACGCUUGCUCCGGGCUUGCUUUCCGAGCGACGAAACAGUGCCAAGUCGGAUCAGGAUGACAACGUGAGCACCGCUAGCGCCGCUACGCAAGGGACCACCGCCUCGUUCCGUCGCAAGAAGGAGGAGGGAAAUCUUCCCCUCACCAGCGUCACUGCCAUUCAGAUGUCUGGGGAGCAACCCGGGACCAAACCACUUCGCGUCGGAGCGCUUUACUACUUCAACGUACACGAUCCGAAUCCUCGGUGGCUUCGCGUCAAGGCAGUGUUGCUGCCUUCGGCGGUCGCCAUGAGCUGGAUCCCGACAGGAGGUGGCAGAGAGAAUGUGGUGCUCGAUCUUCGGGCCUGCAGAGAGGUUCACUCUGUUCCAAGUCCCGACCACCCGAGCAGUAUGUCGGAUGUUGGAGCAGCAUCUGCACGCAGACAGGGUCUUGACAGGAUCAGCCCUUUCCAGCUCAUUUUUGACGACGGCGUUGAGAGACUGGCGGCUGAGACUGCCAAGGAGAGAGUGCAAUGGGUGACUUCAGUCUGGGACGUAUCGGGAGGAGGGAUUCGUCGGCCCAUCAGCGCGCAUGGCUCUGACCACGCCAAUAAUGGACACGAUGCGCCGGCCAAGGCAGAACGUGUCGACGUUACGCAAACAUUGUCGCCAGCCAGUCGAGAAAAAGCCCUCGUCAGCUCUAGCCCGACACGGUCUGUCCCUGCUCCUCUUAGCAGCGGCACUCAUGGCUCACCUGCAAGGCCCAUCUCGAUGCGACCCGGAAGCAGCGAGGAAGUCAUCGAUCGCAUCGGGUCCAUCUGGAAGAGUGAACUGUCGUCCGAGCUGACCAACAAGGAUGUUCAGCCGAGCUUUGGGGCUGCGAUGAACAUUGCAGCCGCAUCCGCGCCGCCACCGCUUCCGCCCAAGGAAGCCCGCGCCUUGGCUGAAUCGAAGAGCCUCAAGUCUGCACCCGAUACCAAUGCGGCAAAUGCACCGAAGCCAGCUCUCGCGACUGCCGCUUCCGCACCACUGCCAACGACGUCAGCCUCUAACAGCCCUGCUCGAGCCAAGGUACGCAGCUGGCAACGACCGCCGCUUGACUUGAGCACCGGCUAUGUGCAUGACAUCUCCCCAAGAACGCCGACGUUGGUCGAACCAACUGCGGACACCAUCCGUUCGACACCAGCUUCGUAUGCGGAGGACAAAAGCAGCAAUGAUUCUGUCAUCGACAGCGCCAAAGCGAUACAAGGCGACCAGUCACCCACCUUGUCGUCUCCAGACUUGGAUGGGUACGCGUCUGCGCGCUCUCAGGGCAGCUUGAUCGAUGAAUUUGGACCUCGAACUCCUGUCAGCGAGGCCGUGUUCAACUGGUCAAGGUUGGACAAGGAGUCGGAUCUGGAUCCGAGUGACUCGGCUUCUCAACGUCCUGCACGCAGCGAGUACGGAACCUUAAAGAGCACCGCCUCUGCUGCAGAGCGCAAGAGAAGUCUUCGCAGGAAAGGCGACGAUGCAGCCCGUAUUCCUGACGACGUCGUGACUGCAAGCAAGUCGACCAGCGAACGAACGCCAGCGCAGUUGCUGCGGGACAGUGUUCUCGGACCGACCAUGGGCACCCCUGACUCCUCUGAUGCCAUCCUCAACGCAUCACCAACAGGACGCGGCGAUCGUCUCGGUACGGUGAUCGAGGAGACAUCGUCCCUAGCGCAGAGCACCAGAAUCAACGCCUCUGUACGCAGCAACGCACGGAGCAAGCUCGAUGAGAUGGUCGCUCGAGCCAUCGGAACUGGAUCGGCCAAGUCGCCCGCAGCAAAGAGCGCUCUUUCGCUCGUAUCGAGUGGCAGCAUCAGCUCCAACGACGUCGGCAAGCUUCUUGAGUUCCUCGAAGAGCAGCAAAAAGAGCGUCUGUCGAAGGAAAAGGAGCUGGAGGAUCAGAUCAGAAGUUUCCAACAGGUCGUCACAGAUCUUCAAAAGAAGAACUCCACCAGCAGCUCCCAUCAUUCUGCGACGAGGAAGGCCUCUAUCACAACAGCCGGUGGCGAUAGCAAGGUAACCCACAUGUCAUCGCGCGACUCGGAACUGGCUGCCAUGCAAAAGAAGCUCGACAUGGUGCUCGAUCUAGUGACCAAUGUUGUAGCAGCUCCAGCUGUCCACAAAAGGGCAAAGAGCGAAUCCGGUACCAUCCUCAGCACCGCCAACAUUGGCGACGACGCUGACAGCGCCGAGGCCGCAAGGAUCGAAGGUGUGCUCGCUAAGCUGCUCCGAAAGAUGCAGGUGUCAGAGGAUGCUGCAAUGACGCCCAAUUCCAAGGAAAUGGUGCGAGCGGCUGUUCUGGCCCGGGAUCCCAGCAUGAUCGACGAGUGGGACCGAAUGCCCGUGGAGCUGCGUGGCAACGAGCUCAUCAAAUCGAUGGAAGACCGGGCCAAACACGGCAGCGAUGGACGACACGAGGCGAUCCAGAGCGACUACGCCAUGCGCCCGGAAUCUCCCGAAAUGGUUCGAGGAGGGAGUGCGCCCUCGGGGUCGGCCAAUCCUUCCGGAACAUCUAUCUUCCCCGACGUUGAUCCCAGGCGGCGCUCCUCUGCGUCCAUGCCACGACGCGCGUCCGGUAUGAGCAUUGCAGCGAGCACAUCCGGGACCGACCUCAGCCGGAUCCCUCCGCGUAGCUGGACGUCCGAGAGAGGCGUCCCAUCGCCUCCGCCAAAUUCGGAAUGGGACGCCAGAUCCAUGCUCAGUCGGCCAGCAUCGCGAGCGACGACCCACAUGGGCAUGCCGGGACGUGCUCCCACCCAGAACUUCCGCAUGCUCGGCGAUCCAGGCUCGACACAACCGACGCCACGACCGAUCAUGGUUCAGAACGAGCCCAGCUACGGCUCGUUGGACAUGGAGGCUGAGAUCCGAAGGAGACGAGCACAGCAGCAAGCUGCCAGCGGUGCGCCCAUUCCAUCUGCACAGCUUGGCGGCUGGUACACCCCCAAGGUGGCACAAGUGGAAGGAUCUGGGACGCAGGCUUCCUCCUCCUCAGUGACGGCUGACAUGUCCAACGUCAAUCUCGACAAGCCAGUUCCGCCGACGCCCAGUGUUCGAUGGGCACCGGGCGACAUCGUCGAGGAGCCUAAGACCGUGGAAGCGGGCGCCGAAAAGACGCCAGACGGGCUUGGUCUGUCGAUGACGGCGGCUGCGAUGGGCGAGGCCAAGUUUUCCGGGCCACCACCGACACCCGGCGUCGGCCAAGUUUCGUCUGCCGGCAGCGCUUCAGGCGGCUCAGCCCUCGGCACGCCCAACCCCGAGCUCGCCACGAUCCUGCAGGCGCUCAAGCAGAGCGAGAUGGCUCGCCAGACUCAGCUUCAGCAGCAGACCGAGAUCUCGAGGUAUCUCAACGAACUCAAUGUCUGGCUUGAGAAGGACGUGGUAGAUCGAUCCAAGGAAUGGCGCACCCUUGCCAGCGGUGUCACCCAACUUCAUGACGAGCUCAAGGCACUCAAGGAAGGUCGAGCGUUGCCUUCGUCAUCCGAUCCGACGCAGACUCCCUCGCUUCAAAAAUCAGCUGCGGAGGGGGCUUUGCACCUAGCACCGGUCCCGCACGGUCGUGCCGAAGUCACUACGAUGGGCGACAAAGCGAACGCGCCAGUUUCGCCCGGACGCCGUCGACCGGCAGGCUCGCGAAAGUGGAACGAGCGACGCAGCGAAUCGCCCACGGCCAACGACGCGGACAAGUCGUGGUACAAGCCCGACGAUAACGAGCGAGGCGUCAAGAGCAGCUUCAAAUCGAAGGCUGCCAAAGCGGCUGCUGCUGCCAGUGGCGCGCUGCUGAUCCGACAAGCGCUCCGAGAGUGGGAAAGGUUCAAGAUGAUGCGACGAGCCGCGGGCAUGCCUGAAGAUCCAUUGCCAGCCGAUGCGACAGGUGAUCCUGCUAUCGACAGUCAGCUUCCCUUGCCAUCGACGGCUUUGCAGCAGCUGCGGGAUGCUGCGGAUGCGGAAGACAAUCAACGUAUCGGCGAGCUGAUCCGUCAAUGUGCAGAGGCUGGAUACGGUACACAGGCGAUCAUCGAGCUGACCAAGCACGUCGAGAGCAAGGCACCCGAGCCUGACAGCGACGACGCUGACGACGAAGGGGAUUCGCCGCUGGAUGGCGACACGCUCAUGCCUACUCCUUCGCCCUACCGAACGCGGUUUGAUGUGGACGAGGAGCCGGAGGAAGCCAAAUCGGACGAAGACAAGGGGAUCAUGAAGAUGGCGACGCCCGUGCCUGCGCGCGUCGCAGCCAAGGAGAAGGCGAAAGAGAAGGCUGUCGAAGAAGUGGAAGAGGCGGAAAGCGGGUCUGGACCCACCACAGCCGCACUCGCGCUCGCCGUCGAAGAGAUCCUCAAGCACCUCCUUUCGUCCAAAGAAGAGGCCAAGCAAAAGCAGACCGAAGCAGAAGCCAGGGAAGCCGAACGCAGAGCCACUGAGGCGGAACGAGAGCGAUCGAUGCUCAGCCUCAAGGAGCGCGAAAAAGCCGAACUCGUCGAUCUCCUCUACAGUCGCAUCGCCGCCGAUAAGGCAGCAGAGGAAGCCAAGCAGAAGGACCUCGAUCCGAAAUCCGCCAUUGAAUCGCUCGUCGCCGCCAUCAACGCGCAGAAGGAGAACGAAGUCAAAUCCGCCGCUGCCGCCGACGCCGCUCUCCGGCAGAUGACUUCGGAACUGCUGAAGUCGACCUCGGAGCAGAACCACAAGCUCGUCGAAGCCGUCAACGCCGCUUCCCGCGACAUGCUCCGUCACAAUGUCCAACAGCACGCCGACGAAUUCAAGCGUCUGCUGCACAACGAGGUCAGCGGCAUGUUUGAAGAUGUCGGCAAGAUCCGGGAGGCCAAGAGGCAUCUGGAGUUUGAGAUCGCGGAUCUGUGGAGUAUCAAGUCGAGGCAUUUGCAGACGGGAGCGGGGAUGCCGAUCGGGUACAAUGUUCCGGGUGGGUAUCCGGGUAGUCCUCAGGCUGGAGGGAUGGGGAUGGGGAUGCCGAUGCCGAUGACUAUGCCGGUACCUCAGAUCACGCAUAUCCAUGCUAGUCCUAUGCCGACGCAUCCUCCUGCGCAUCUGUCGCCCAUCCCACCGCAGCAAACAGCAGCAUCUCCGGUAGCAGCAGGUCAGAUCGACUCGUUGAGAGCGCAAAAGAAGGCUGUCAAAGCAGCACUCAGACAGGCCGUGGCGGACAGUGCGCCGCCAGCAGCAGCUCAGGUUGCACCCGCUCCAGCUCCAGCUCCUGCUGCGGUCGCUGCGCCUGCGGCGGCUCCAGCAGGUUUCCUCGCAAGGAAAAAGGACGUCCUCAACCCUUUCAGCAUCAAUUUUGGUCCUAGAGCUCCUGCCGCAUAA